AGUGUACAUGUGGGGUUUGUGCUGAUAAAGGGUGAGUUUUUAAAUCUGAACCACAUUGCUUUGUCCAGCCUACGGGAGCGUACCGGUACCCCCUGAACACAAAGGCUGGGAUAAGCCACCAUGGACAAGUUUCAUGACCUUCCUUUAACAUCAAUGUCCAGAAAGCGGAUUGUGAUAGGUGUGACCGUCGCAAUCACGGUUGUGAUGGUGGGCGUGGCAGUAGCGGUGCCAGUCGCACUGACACUCAAUAGGAAUUCUGACGUUACAACCGCGAUGAGCUUGGCUGACCAAGUGUUGUCAGAAACACCGUUAGUGGACGGGCAUAACGACCUAGCCUGGCAAUACAGGAAAAACGUCCAAAACCACGUGGACAGCGUGAAUCUCGCGGAGUCGUUGAUUGGCAUAUGGAACAUCACUCAUACAGAUAUACCACGCCUACAUCAAGGGAAACUCGGCGCCCAGUUCUGGGCAUGCUACGGUCCGUGUUCUGCCCAGUACAAAGACGCGGUCAGAGUGGCUCUGGACCAACUGGAUACCAUCAAACGAUUUGUCUCCAAGUACCCGGAUAUCUUCCAGUUUGUCACCACAGCUCAAGGAAUCGAAGACGCGUUCAAGGCCCAUAAAAUUGGCAGUUUGGUUGGUUUAGAAGGGGGUCAUAUGAUCGACAGUAGCUUUGCAACCUUGAGAAUGUUUUAUGACCUUGGCGUCCGCUAUAUGACCUUGACCCACAGCUGUCAUACACCAUGGGCGGAUAAUUGGAAAUCAGACUGGCCCAUUGACAAUGGUAAUUAUGAACCUCCAAGAAGCAAUGGACUCUCAGUAUGGGGAAAGAAAGUAAUCAAGGAAAUGAACCGGUUGGGUAUGCUGGUAGAUCUGUCGCACGUGUCAAAGAAGACGAUGACGGACGCUCUCAGUGUUACUAAAGCACCUGUGAUAUACAGUCACUCUUCGGCCUAUGCUGUGUGCAACCAUCCGCGCAACGUACAGGACGACGUGUUGCUGAAAGUGAAAGAGAACAAAGGCGUUGUCAUGGUGAAUUUCUACAGUGAUUAUAUCAACUGCUUUCCAAGUAAUCAAACCAACGCCACUCUUCAGCAGGUGGUAGAUCAUAUAAACCAUAUAAAGAACAUUUCCGGAGAGGAUUCCGUCGGUAUCGGUGGAGACUACGAUGGUGUCACACGGUUACCAAUAGGACUAGAGGACGUGUCUAAGUACCCGGCCCUGUUCACUGCUCUGGCUGAAGACGGCUGGACGGAGUCCCAGCUGAAAAAAUUGGCGGGAGAGAACCUGCUCAGGGCGUUCAGGAGAGCCGAGGAGGUAAGACGGGAGAUGAAGGGGGUUCAUCCACUGGACGACCUCAUCCCUGACAGCGAUCUAGGCAACACCACCGUACCUUGUCGACCAGAUUUCUAGAUCACAUGACCGUCAUGUGACCAAGGAUUCGGAUGACUUUUCUGUUCACUAUACAGCACUUGCGAACAGGUGUCAUUAGUUUGGACAUUUAGUUUUUUAUUAUGUACAUAUAUAUCGAAUGCAUAAAAAAGACAAAUAAGACAGUAUAACUAUUAGUGUACAUGUAUGUGAUAGAUUGUUGUAGAAUUCUAAACACUUGCAAUUAACAAGAAUGUGUCUUUGUCGUGUUAUUCUAAACUCUUCAUAUUGUAAUGUCACGAAAUACAGUUAUUCACAAGGAAUCCAGUUCUGUCCAGUUAACACCAGAUGAAGUAAGCUAAUGUUUAUUUAUAUGUCACCGGUUGUCAUUUGUGACAAAAAUAUGUAACUAUGGAUAAUAAAACAAUGAAUUGAAUUCCUUUAAAUGAAUAAAAGAUACAUAUAUUGAUAAGUCAAAAGUUAAAAGGUUUUCAAUUGUGUAAUGAAUAAAUGGAUUAAUUAACUGGCAUACUGAUUAAUGAGUGAUUGAUUCCAUAAAUAUUU